CAUUUCCAAACACGCUCGGUUGCCUUCACAUCCGCAAAAUAGCAUGGGAAUUCUGGGAGCCAAGCGUGAAGCCCAACUCAAGGCUGGCAUCGAACAGUGGCUGCUCAAGAAGACUGACGAUGCCCCUGAACUCAAACAAAUCAAGAACAUCCUUAAGACCCACGACACCCAGCACCACUUGCUUCCUCUGGCGUUCCACAAACGCAUCAAGCCGCCCGUGUCACCGCCUAGACGCCUGCUGUUCAAGGCCGAAGUGGUGGCUGGCAAGCGAGUGCCGUUCACCAAGGCGUUGGCCGUCAAAGACCGCAAGCGCAUGGACGUGAUCUACGAGUCGGACGACUACGAAAAGGAGAAGCGCCAAUCGACGUAUUCGACCCAACUGCUGCUGCACUAACUGACGUGUGUAGUACCAAACUAUUUAAUCACUAAGUUAUACUUCGAAGUACUAUUAUUCACCAAAACUUGAACGAUCACACUAACGUAACUACUGUA